UACACAGGUUCGCCGAAUCAUGCAAGUUCGGUUAUGCGAAGAGAACUCUCCUGGGUGACAUGAAUUUCGUCAACUGCACUGAGCUAGUGAACAAUAUGACGUCCCCAGCAUUCGCCAGUGAAGCCAGAAAGAAAAUCAACGACUCGCACACGUUCAAUGACCCCGAAUACUACGGCUACGAGAAACAGCCCGCACAAAAGGACUCAGGAACGGCGCAUGCUGCCUUUUUGGGUAGUGAUGGCGUGGCCAUUUCCGUUUCCAGCACCAUAAACUAUUAUUUUGGCAGCCUUGUGCGCACCAACUCUGGUGUCUUGUUGAACAACGAGAUGGACGACUUCUCACGGCCUGGAAUGUCCAACCUUUACAAUCUAGCUUCCUCAAGCCCCAACUUCAUUUCCCCUGGGAAACGGCCUAUGUCCUCUAUGGCGCCCAUGAUAUUAGUAGACUCUGCUGGUAAAGUCCAGCUUGCCUUGGGAGGAACCGGCGGGUCGUACAUCACCUCCGGCAUUGCCAUGGUGACAUUGCGGGCGAUGUGGCAGGGCUACAACGUCAAGCAGGCCAUCGACAAACGCAGGCUUCAUCACCAACUCUUCCCCAACAAUCUUAUGAUUGAGCCUUUGUUUCCCCAGGUAAAUCGCUACGGCACAAAUACAAAACGAGAUAGAAAAAAAUACUGGACUUGGAGUUCCGAGGAGCAAUGUUUUCGCGACGUCAGGAAAUUGUGACCCGAAGUAAAAUUU